CGUGAUCAUUCAGCGCGGACUGUGGGUAGGUAUCUGAAGCAUCCCUGAGAGUCCUCUAAGAACAUCUUUACCUUUCUUGAGAUAGACAAAACCAUAAGUGCCCAGUCACUAUGAGGUUGUGGCUGUUGAUGCUGAUGCUGGGGACGGUGCUGCUGAGUCUACCAUAUAUUCAAGGACGCUCACUCAGUGGAAACGAGGACGAUGUUGCUAGUGACAACGCCGCCUCGAACGCCGCCUCGAACGCCACCUCGAACACCGCCUCGAACGACGACGACGAUGACGACGACGAUGACGAUGAACACCCCGGAAAGGGACAUGUUAAAGGAAAACACGGAUGGAAACACGGUAACCGAGGAAAACACGGAAAGAAUCAGGGUGGACACGAUGAUGAUGAUGAUGAUGAUGAUGAUGAUGAUGAACACCAUGGAAAGGGACACGGAAAACACGGAUGGAAACACGGACAUCCAGGAAAACAAGGAUGGAAACACGGUAACCGAGGAAAACACGGAAAGAAUCACGGUGGACACGAUGAUGAUGAUGAUGAUGAUGAUGAUGAUGAUGAUGAUGAUAACGAUGAUGACGACGACGAUGACGAUGAUGAUGAACACCAUGUAAAGGGACACGGAAAACACGGAUGGAAACACGGACAUCCAGGAAAACAAGGAUGGAAACACGGUAACCGAGGAAAACACGGAAAGAAUCACGGUGGGCACGAUAAUGAUGAUGAUGAUGACGACGACGAUGACGAUGAUCAUCACGGAAAGGGACACGUUAGCCAUGGGAAACAUUGAUGGAAACACGGUAACCAUGGGAAUCACGGAUGGAAACACGGUAACCAUGGGAAACACGGAAGGCAAAAUGGCAACCGAGGAAAACAUGGAUGAAAAGAAAAUGCAAAUAUCCGGGGGUGGGGGUGGAGGGAGGGGUGGAGGGGGGAACCGCUCAGUAAUUUUGCAAAUCAAUGAACCAAACUAAUGGGAAACUACAUUCCCAGAAAACUAUUUCGAAAUGAAAAUUUGCCACAAAUGUAUUUGAUAUCUCUGCUGGUUUGAUAUAUAUUCUGGUAUAAUUCCCUGAUUUCCACGGAGCUGUCUCCACGGUUUACAAUCUGUUGUCGCCAUGUAAUGUCCGUACUGAAGAUGAAUAAAAGCACAUUAAUCUGAA